AUGUUAGAUCAAGCUUUAUCAAGGGUUACUCUUCAACGCACUCAGUCACCACCAGGGAUGUCACCAUCCAGAUUACAAGCAAAUUUUGCGGGACCUUCAUAUGUAGAUAGCACUGUUCCAAGUGCCACUACUAGGGUUGACAGGGGAAAGACUCUUUUGACAUACCCAAAUAAUGUUCCACUGGGUAUCAGAGCCGAGCCAACCGUCCCCAGAGAAGAAAGAUUGGGAGGUCAGGCUCAUAAUCCCAUUCCUGUGUUCGACUCUAUUCCACCGAGAGUGGAUCUGGAAGACAUUGCUCAAGUCUUGAGGGUGCAUUUCGGAAUGAAUACUCAAACGAUGAACAGGCCGGCAUAUCAAAGGCCAUUUCCAGAGAGAAUCAUCAAUAAGCAUCCUCUUCCGAGGAAUUAUAGGCCACCAGAUUUCCACUCUUUCUCGGGAGAAUAUGGAGCUUCAACCAUUGAGCACGUGGGGCGCUUCACGGCUCAAUUGGGGGAAAUGGGCAAUAAUCUGUUUCACAAAUUACAGUUGUUUGGAUUAUCUCUCAGAAGAACAAUUUUCUCCUGGUUUGCCAAUCUUCCGCUAGGACAGGUGCAAACUUGGGAAGAUCUCUUGGAGAUCCGGCAGAUGCCAGAGGAGACCGCCUACCAAUUCAUAGAGCGAAUACGACUUAUGAAGGACGUUGCCCGACAGUCAUUGAGGAGACCAAGAUGA